GAAGACCUGUCAAUUCCUCCCAAUCCAUGAACACAGCCUCUUCAAAAAAAAGUAGUUUCACUGCGUGUUUUUGUCACAGUCACAGUGACACAGGACAUUUUUAAACAACUCAUUACAUUCCGACCACUUUCUGCCAUUUCGCAACUGAAGCAACUGAACCAAAAAAAAACAAAAACCAACCAGCCUGGGCGUCUCAUCUCAAAGCCCUCCAUGCUCCUGCAAUCCGGCGGGUGUUAAGAUCCAUGGAAGUGGCCGGCUUCUACGACGAGGGCGGCUUUGCUAUCCACAGUAGAGACAGCAUUAUCAGUCCCAUAAGCAACGGCAACGGCGGCUCAUACUGGAGGCUCGGCGACUCGAUGACGGAGCUGGGCAUUGAAGAGCGGGAGAGAGCGAUAGACUUCAGCGUUUACCUGGAUUCAGCUUUGCACUGUCCGCAACAGCAGCACCAACAACACCAACAACAACAACAACAGCAGCAGCAGCAACAACAGGGGGACGUUUUCUCCGAUUUCCUCGCGGAGAGCAACAAGAUCAAGAGAGUUGCAGCUUUGCAGAACUACAAGAACUACUCGCUGCUGAACGAGCUGGAGACGAGCAGUCAGUGCGACAACUUGAGGGACCCCAGGGAGCCCUACGCGCUGCUGGGCUACACCGAGCUGCAGGAGACCCGGGUGGAUAGUGUGCUCAGCAGCUCUGAACUCAUCCAGAGCCGCUACAGAGCUGCUGCUGCUGCUGCUGCUGCUGCUGCUGCUGACAGAGACGACAGCCAGGAAGACGCAAAGAUGGAGAACGGGUCGUCUGGGUUUGACAUGAGGUCCUACAUUCAUUACCAGUCCAACAGCGGUAGUCUUGGAAACAUCUCCUCCUCCGCGUCCUCCACUUGCUCCAGCCCGCCCGGCACACCUGGACCGUCAGGUAGUAAAAGAAGCAGGUCACCUUCUUCUUCGCACGGCGGUGGCAAAAUGUCCAGCGGGAAAGCUGGAAAGAAGCGCUUGGACAAGGACAGUGACGAGUACAGGGUGAGGCGCGAGAGGAACAACCUCGCCGUGAGGAAGAGCAGAGACAAAGCCAAGAUGCGCAACUUGGAGACUCAACAUAAAGUGCUGGAGCUGGCUGCUGAGAAUGAUCGUUUACAAAAGCGAGUAGAGCAGCUGUCCAGAGAGCUGGCCACGCUGCGCAACCUGCUCUCUGCCACUGGACAAUGUUAGAAAACCUGCUGUUCAGAGAGCUGGCCACUCUGCCACCGGACAAUGUUAGAAAACCUGCUGCCCAGAGAGCUGGCCACUCUGCCACCAGACAAUGUUAGAAAAAAAACCUCCAGCAGAGACUCCACUAGUGCUCCUCUAAUCAUUGAUGGACUUUAAGAGCUUCUAGAGGUGAUGCCACUGAACAAGUGUUGAGAGAAAAAGAAACGGUAUGCUUUCACAGGUGAAGACAGCGACCACCAGUUUACAGGGACACUUUGAAUGGGACUGAAGGAGAGCACAGGGUGCAUGGAUUGAUUGCGCAAUCAUUCACGAUUUCUUCAACAUGUCACCCUUCGCUUUAUUCUCAGAUGUCAUUUUAUUUGUGUGUAUGCAGUAUUUCGGUGCAUAUUUUACAUACGUGCGAGUGAAUUUCUACAUUUUUGUGUGUAUCUGGAGCAAUGGUUGUCAAGGGGAAGAGUUGUGCUGCAGUGAAAUGAUGCAACUCUUUGUAAUAGUAUUGGCAAUGAAUGAAAUAAGUCUAAUUAUUUAAUAUUAAAUGGGGGAAAAUGCUUUAAUUGUACUUGAUAUUUUAUUGAAUUAAACAGAUUUCUACUUUGUCUAAACAA